AUGAGUUAUUUAAUAAAAGCUGUUAUUGGCGGUCAUCUUACAGCCUUGCUUCCUUACACUGAGACAAGCGAUCAGAGCGGAAAAAACUCUACAAAUAGUUCUUUAUCUAAUGAGGAACACGCAGAGGGUAGUUCCAUACUUGGCCCAGUUUUAUUUCAGGUGGGAAUGCAGAUUUACUUCAUCGCUCCUUGUACUAUUUCGUCGGGGAUUAUGUUGACAGCUCAAGCUGGGGGUGCCAUAGCAUUGUCUGUACUGCUCACAGUGUUUUGUAAUUUGGCAGCUGUAUUCACUGUGCCUCCUCUUGUGGCUUGGAUAAUAAAUUUUGAGAAUGUCCGGCUGGAUCCUGUUAAACUUUUGAUUAAGUUGGUGCUGACUGUUCUUCUUCCAUUAUUGGUUGGCAAAGGACUGAGUUACAUAACACGCGUGAAGACAUUUGUCACGAAAUACUCCAACACACUGAAAGCCGUAAGCAUCAUACUGUUAGCAAUGAUUCCAUGGUUAAAGGUCAGCCGAGCAAGUGUUCAAAAAGCCUUCAGUAUGAUCUCUAUUUGGAGUAUUUUUGCUGUACUUGGAUGGGGCUUAGCAAUGCACUUACUCUUCAUUAUUGUUAUUCUUCUUCCAUGUUUUGCCUUGAAACUGGAAAAAUCUGCUUUGAAGUCAGUUGUCAUCCUGGCUAGUCAAAAAACUCUGGCCAUUGCCGUAACAAUAUGUGGUUAUCUUCCAUUUACACAAGCUGAGCAAGGCCUUAUAAGCUUCCCUCUAAUUAUUAUUCACAUUGGAAUCCUAGUGUCUGAUUCAGUGUGGGCAUCCUGGUGGUUUGCACGGGAUGCAAAAAACGAAAAAGAGAAAAUUGAGAAAGCUGAAAAAAUUUUGCGAAAUGAUAACACUGAUAAUUCAUUUCAAAUAUCACAUGAUCAUUCAUGAGGAAAUUAUGCUUGGCAUAGCAUGAUUGUGCGAAUUAGCUAACAUUA